AGGUCACACAGCUCGCUAGUGGCAGAUCCGGGACUGGAGCUCAUGCCUCAGAGUCUAGAACUGGAGUCCCAACCACUAGACUGGAUGCCCAGUGGCUCCAUGGCCCCAGUGUUCCUGACCAGCCCCUUCCCACCCACCUCCCCACCUCAUACUCGCCAUCUGGGCCACACCUGCUGGUCUUUGCUUCCUCCCCUGCCCCUCCCAACCCCCAGAGGUUGCCAGACACCAGUUGCUCCAACAGGAAGCUGCCUCCACUCCUUUCUCUCCUGAAUUGGAAAGGGGAGGCCCGAAUACCUGAGAAGAGAGUGACAUGCCCGGUGGAGACGGGCAGGGGGCCAGGAUGCUGGGGUCCUGGGGCCACUGGGUCCCCCAGGCAGCGGGGGCCAAGGCUGGGCAGUAGGCGUUCUCCCCGGAAACACCCAGGAGCCGGUUUUUCAAGAGUGAAUCAGAGGCCUCCUUCUCUCCAAAGCAACACCUUGCUGGAAGGGGGAGCCUGGGCGUGGUGUCCCCCACCUCCACUAGCUGAUGGGAGCUCCCGGGAACUCCCUUCCCCUCUUCCUGCUCCCCCCGCUGCGCUUCUGUGGGACUGUGAGGUCCUUCCCAAGGACGGAGUGCCGAAAUUCCAGCCCACAAACUCGGUGCCCAGGCUAAAGUUGCUCUUCUUCGCCCCUGUGCUCCGGUGUGAGGGGACAGGGAAAGCCUGGAGGCCAUGAGAGUUAGCGACCCCACAGCAGGCGUGUGCUGGGGGGCUCUUUCGAGGAUGAGGGGGGCUCCAAGAGCAAUCACAAUGAGGACAUAUGCCACGUUCAUUCAUUCUACACAUACUUGCUGAGCACCUACUAUGCACCAGGCACUGUUGUUGGCACAGAGGAUGUGGUAAUAAAAAAGACAAAAAUUCCUGCUUUUGGGGAGUUGGCAUUCUCAUGGGGGGAGACAGGCAGCAGACAAGGUAGCAAGUAAAUGAAGAAGAUAAUUUCAGAUUGCGUUAAGUGCUGUGAACAAAGUAAGAGGGGGCAGCAUGACAGAGUAGUUGUGGGCAGGGGACGCUCUUGGGCUGAGGUCCGGAUGACAAAAGGAGCCGGCCCUACAGCAAUCGGGCAAGGGGCACGGCCAGGGCAAAGGCCUUGAGGCUGGACCCAGCUUGGAACAGCGCUUCUGGGCAGAAGACGAAGCCAGAGCCACGAUUCUGCAGGGCUUUGUGGGGCAGAGUAAGGAGGUUGGAGUUUUCCCUCUGGAAGGUGGGAAACCGUUGUAAGGUUUCAGGCAGGGGAGUGAUGCCAUCUGGUUUACGUUUUAAAAUAGAGACACGAAGUUAAAUAACAGCCUGAGACUGGAAGACAAGAGUUCUGCUAGAACAGCAUGUAAUUAAGCUCAUGGGCCUGAGCUGCCUAUACCACAGGGGCGGUUCCAACAGGCCGGGGCAAGCCAGGAAGGCUGCCUGGAGGAGUUGGCCUGAGUAGGCCUUGGCAGGCAGAAACGGCUGGGAUAUUCCUGGGCUAGGAAGGGGAGGAGGCAAUAAUACCAAUGACAAUAAUAAUAACAGCUUCCUUAAAUGGAGUCUGGGGCACAGUGCUGGGCCGGUUGCAUGCAUAAUCUCUUUGCAUUUCCACAAGCACCCUGACGGACAAGAAUUCUGCCCAUUUUUCAGAUGAGGACACUGAGGCCCUGUGAAUGAAGUGACUCGUGCACGGCCACGAAGCUGGGUCAUUCUGGCUGCCGGCUUGACGAGAAGCUGUGGGGCGCACGUGGGAGGCGGGGAACCCGCGAGAGGCCACCGCGCUGGUCUAGGUCUUCCGGCCGUGCCCCUACUUCUCGCUGCCCAUGCCGCUGGGACUGGGGCGGCGGAAAAAGGCGCCGCCUUUGGUAGAAAAUGAGGAGGCCGAGCCAGGCCGGGGCGGGCUGGGCGUGGGGGAGCUGGGGCCCCUGGGCGGAGGUGGGGCAGGGGGGCCCCAAAUGGGUUUGCCCCCCCCACCCCCAGCCCUGCGGCCCCGCCUCGUGUUCCACACCCAGCUGGCCCACGGCAGCCCCACGGGCCGCAUCGAGGGCUUCACCAACGUCAAGGAGCUGUACGGCAAGAUCGCCGAGGCCUUCCGCCUGCCAACUGCCGAGGUGAUGUUCUGCACCCUCAACACCCACAAAGUGGACAUGGACAAGCUGCUGGGCGGCCAGAUUGGCCUGGAGGACUUCAUCUUUGCCCACGUCAAGGGGCAGCGCAAGGAGGUGGAGGUAUUCAAGUCGGAGGACGCGCUGGGGCUCACCAUCACGGACAACGGGGCCGGCUAUGCCUUCAUCAAGCGCAUCAAGGAGGGCAGUGUGAUCGACCACAUCCAGCUCAUCAGCGUGGGCGACAUGAUCGAGGCCAUCAACGGGCAGAGCCUGUUGGGCUGCCGGCACUACGAGGUGGCCCGGCUGCUCAAGGAGCUGCCCCGGGGCCGCACCUUCACGCUGAAGCUCACGGAGCCCCGCAAGGCCUUCGACAUGAUCGGCCAGCGCUCAGGGGGUGGCCGCCCCGGCUCUGGCGCGCAGCUGGGCACAGGCCGCGGGACCCUCCGGCUGCGGUCCCGGGGCCCCGCCACGGUGGAGGACCUGCCCUCCGCCUUUGAGGAGAAGGCGAUCGAGAAGGUCGACGACCUGCUGGAGAGCUACAUGGGCAUCAGGGACACGGAGCUGGCGGCCACCAUGGUGGAGCUGGGGAAGGACAAAAGGAACCCGGACGAGCUGGCCGAGGCCCUGGACGAGCGGCUGGGGGACUUCGCCUUCCCCGAUGAGUUCGUCUUUGACGUCUGGGGCGCCAUCGGGGACGCCAAGGUCGGCCGCUACUAGGACUCCCCCGCUGGACCUCCCGGCGAUGCCCCGGGCCCCGCCUGGUCAGGAGCCCCCGAGAGGGGACACCCGGGCCCAGGCCCACGUGUCUGGCUUGGGCCGAGUUCGGCAGCCCCAGGGCCACGUGGAGGGAGGCGGGCCGGGCCCCCGCCCCACUGCUGUCGGUACCACCCCGUUCCUGGCUGGGGCCCCCCGGACCCCUGCCCGUUCCCCACCUACCUCAGCCGGGUCAGGCUCGGGAGGGGUUGGCCAAGUUGGGCAGCCGCCCCCGCCUUCCACACUUUCCGCCAUCAGCUGCCAAACUGGUCCCUCUGUCUCCCUGGGGCCUCGGGCUCUGUUUGGGGGUGGUGACCUUCCUAGUUUCCUGAUGCAGGGAAUACGGGGUGGGUGCCCCCCCCCAGCAAAUGCAAUAAUACCCUCCCCCUCCACUGCCCCCCUCCCGAGAGGAGCCCCCUCCCCGUGGAGUCUGUUACCUCCGCAUUUGAAAUGAGUCUGCUGUGAACCCCAACCUCCUCCCCACCCCACCCCCACCUCUCCCUCAGGGCCCGGCCUGGGACCGAGCAGGGGAGAGGUGGGCUUUUGUAUCUGGAUUUGCUGUCUUGGACAUAAAGACUCUAUCCGCUGUC